CGUCGAUAGCUUCAGUUUCAAAGAGCUCGAUUUAAGGAACAAAUUCACUGUUCCCUUACUAAUUGCCCCAUAAUUAACAACACACUGACUAUUCUGGUUUUUUGUUAAUAAUUUUUAACGAGAGUAGAUAUUUGUGUUUCAAAUGUCGUUACAUAUGUAAACCAUGAAGCAGGAUGUAGUUUCUUUUAUUUGGUCAAUCAAGUAGUAGAGAUUACACAACAUGUAAAAGUUGUUGUUAAAAACUUGUGCUCAGUAAAAGAAAAAACACACCCAGAUACAAACAAGGUUAAAAUCCAUUUCCCAACACAAUGCAACAUUUGUAUUAUUAUCUUGCGGUUCCCAAACUUUCAGCUUCUGACGUUACCCAACAUGUUCCUUUUAAAUGUUUUCUAACCUGUUUUUGGAUUAUAUAUUUUUUCCCCACAACAUUUCUAAUAUAUACAUCCUUUCUUUUCAUCAGUUAUAGGUUAAUUCCUGAAGAGGACCUCAAGACGCUUUACAUUGUGAUCCAAACUUUGGGAACUGCUGCUUUUUGUAAUAAUGUUAUUUAUAUUUAGCGACUGUUCAAUGUAACCCAAAGUAUUUCCAUACAGACUAAGUGAAGCAGCUAUGUUGCUCAAUGAGCUACACAGUCCAAAGAAAUCUCAUUAAAUGAAUUUAAAAUGUAGGAAUGGGAUUGGUUAAACAUUUUCACAGUUUUUAAGUCCAGUUUGAAACAACAUACGUUUAUACAAUUACCUGACUAAUGACUAAUAAGAAUUUAUAUCAGAUUAUGCUUGGAAUGUCUAAAAGAAACUUUACAGACCAAACAGAAAACAAACAGCGAAUGGCUUCAAUAUUCGGAUCUCUAGUUAAAACUGGCAAUCCAAUUGAAGUUGACUCAGUGAAACAACUGAGAAAAGCCAUAACAACCAUCAACAUAAUUAGACAGACAAAAAAAAACAGUCUACUGUGUGCUAUGCAAAAAGGAGAAAGAAUGUGUUUUUCCUUUUCUUUUUGUAUUUUGUAAGAUUCAAAGAGAAUUCCACCUUUUUGGUUUGUGCAAAAAAAACAAACCAUAAUCUAAAUUUUACAUAUCCUUUUAUUUCAAAGAGAACAUAUGGUCUGUUACAGGAAAGAUUACCAUCCAUUAUAAUCUAAGGUGCAGGAGUGAGGGAAUCAUAAUUGCUGAACAAAGGGUUUUGCCGCAACAUCUGCAGUUGUUCAGGCAUUUUAGGCAAAGUGUUGCUAAAUUUAGAAAGACAAUUCCAGAAAGGGAAAUAGGGAACAUAUUGCCAACAACCAGUCACUAUUCUCAAGCAGUGUCAAACAUUCCCAUCAUCUAUUGCUGCUGAAAUUGAAAAGAAGAUGAGGUAUUUAGCUUUUUUUAGGAAACAAGGAAGGUAAAGACUUUCGUUUCCACCUGGUCCCUUCCACUCCAAAACGCUUCCAAGCAGUGCUGGAAGCUGAUGCAACCCAGUGGGAAGCGUGCCUCCACCCCAUCUUGUUUUGCAACAUGCUGCCAGCAUCACAUUUAAAAUGCAGAUUUGUUGUCUGUGCUGUUUCCAUGGCGGGAUAAUUUGCAAAUUGCAUCACAGUUGCAAAUGUAAUAUAGUCUCAAAGUUUGAGCUGCAUGUGAAUUAGUGUUUAAAGUUAAGUCCCAAAGGAAUACUUAAAAGAUAACUUUUGAUACUUUUAAAUGAGUUAACAUCACCUCUAUUAAAGCACGGUGUCUGGACUCCAGUUCCACCUUAAAAAAGUGUUCACACUGUAAGCGCUGUAGGGGGGUGGUGUCCCUGCCUCUCCCCCUCCCUCCAGUGGCCAAACUUCUUCAUUAAACUCAAGCGGCUUGUUUGCGUGCUCAGCGGGCUCCGUUUUGGAGGAUUGUGCGACCAGAAAAAGAUCCACGGUUCGGGUUCGAUGAGCUCUGACAACACCUCCGCUGGCUCUCAUUGGACUUCAGCUGAAUUUAAUACACCGAUUGUGAGUUAUGACAUCAGAGGGGAAAGAUGCAGGCAUCAUGCUGGACCCCCAACUUAUCCAAGAGACCGGGGAAGUUUAUAGAAACCCCACAGAGGUGCAGAUGAGUCAAAUCGUGCUGCCUUGUCACGCCAAUCAUUGCGGGGAGCUGAGUGUGGGUCAGCUGCUGAAGUGGAUGGACUCCACAGCCUGUUUGUCAGCUGAGAGACAUGCAGGCUGCUCCUGCGUCACUGCAUCGGUCGAUGACAUCCACUUCGAACACACAAUAGGAGUUGGACAAGUUGUCAGUAUUAUUGCCAAGGUCAAUAGAGCCUUCACGUCUAGCAUGGAGGUGGGCAUACUGGUGACUUGUGAAGAUCUUUACUCUGACAGGCAGUGGAAAGUUUGUCAUGCCUUUGCCACUUUUGUUUCCAGACGAACUGAAUCUGGAAAGGUACAGCUCAAGCAGGUGAUUCCUUAUACACAAAUGGAGCAGAUGGAGUACAGCCUGGCAGCAGAGCGGCGGAGGAUGCGACUCAUCCAUGCUGAGAUUAUCACAGACCUGCUGAGCAGCAGCACAGCUCAGCUGGGGGAAUGUCAGGAGUAUGACGACGCUGUGCCAUCUGAGAAGACGCGAGUGGAGAGCGUGGAGCUGGUGCUUCCACCCCAUGCCAACCAUCAAGUCAGCACGUUUGGAGGCCAGAUCAUGGCCUGGAUGGAGAAUGUGGCUACAAUUGCAGCAAGCCGAUUGUGUAACGCCCACCCAACCCUGAGGACCAUAGACAUGUUCCAUUUUCGUGGGCCGUCACACAUUGGCGACCGGCUGGUGCUGAAAGCUAUUGUUAACAACGCCUUCAAACACAGCUCUGAAAAUGUAUUACUGAUGCUGUGUAGCAUGGAGGUGGGAGUUUGUGCAGAGGCCUAUCAGGGUGGAGAACCUCUGCGCCAUAUCAAUAGUGCCUUUAUGACCUUUGAGGUGCUGGACAGUGACAGGAAGCCCCGCACGCUGCCGCACCUGCGACCCGAGCCUGUGGAUGGAAGAAGACGUUAUAAAGAAGCUGUUGCAAGAAAGAAGAUUCGCCUUGACAGAAAAUAUAUCAUCUCUUGCAAGCAAACCCAAGUGCCUCUGUCUGUGCCCUGGGAUCCAAGUAACCAGAUGUACCUGAGCUACAACAACGUAUCAGCCCUGAAGCUCAUGGAUACCCGGAACAACUGGGUCUUAACUUCAGAGAAAAAUAAUGUGAGACUAUACACAUUGGAGGAAAACCAAAUGCUUUGUGUCAAGGUGGAGAUGUACGUCAGCGUCCCAGCAGAGCAGGUGUUCCACCUGUUGUCGGACCUGAGGAGGAGGAAAGAAUGGGACCGACAUUAUGAGGAGUGUGAGGUGAUCAACCAGGCAGAUGAGGAUGACACUCUUUAUCGCGUGGUCACUCCCUCUGUCAGCAAAGGGGGCAAAGGGAAAGACUUUAUCUUGCUCGCAUCUAGAAGGAAGCCAUGUGAUUCCAGGGACCCGUACCUGAUCGCUCUGCGUUCUGUCACUUUGCCCAAUCACCCGCCUACAGAGGAUUUCUCCAGAGGAGAGGUGCUCUGUGCUGGCUUCACAAUCUGGGAGGAGUCCAGUUCAGUCACCAAGUUCACCUACUACAACCAGGCCACACCAGGUGUUCUCCCCUACAUUUCGACAGACGUGGCUGGCCUCUCCUCCAGCUUCUACAGCACGUUUUCCGCUUGCAGUCAGUUCCUGGAAGCCAACAAAGACAGCCUGAGUGCUCUGCCAUCUUCUUCAUUUUGAUUUAAAACCCCUCUCCCAUAAGCAAAGAAGGGGCAUUAUCAGUUCAGAGUAGCAUUGUUUCACAGCUCUAAUCCUGAUUUAACACUGCUUUGGAUGUGCUGGGCUUAAAUAUGUCAUAAAAUAAGCCAUUCUGAGAUUAUGAAGGACUGCUAGUUUGUACUUUGCAUAGACAAGUACAAAGAAAAAGCGCACAAAUGAUUUUAUGCCUCUGUAGUUAUUUUUUAGCAUUAUUUUUUUGAAAACAUGUGCAAUUCAGAUUUCUAGAUAUAUGAUUUAUAUUUUGUGAGCCAUCACUUCAUAGCAGUCCAGUCGUGUUGUCAGGUGGUUAUUUCACUGUGACUUAACACCGUAAAGAAUUUUUUUUAGAUAAGGUCAAGUGUAAUUACUUUGUCACUUUGUAUGUUAAUAUAUUUGAAUUCAAUGAUAGGAAGUUUACAUGUGGUUUUGGGGUAUAACUUUGCUGUUUUCAUUUGAGACAACAAAUUUCACUUGAACUAAUUUUAUUGUAUUGACAUAAGCUUUGAGGAUAAAAUGUGUUGAGUUACUUUAAUCAAUAAACUUUUUAAAGCUGUUAAA